AUGAUACCCAGCACGAAAGAGCUUGUCGACAAAUGGCUCUCCUUGGAUCAAAACCAAGCUACCAGGGCUGAGAUACAGGCGCUUUGGGAUGGGGGUAAUAUCGAAGAGCUCGAUCGACGACUGAGAAAUCGAAUCGGAUUUGGUACAGCAGGUCUACGCGGCCGCAUGGAGGCGGGGUUUUCUCGCAUGAACGAUGUCACUAUCAUCCAGGCAUCACAGGGUCUUGCUUCAUACACCAGGGAGAAUGUCGCCCAUGCAACAGAAAGAGGCGUUGUCAUUGGACAUGAUCAUCGGCACAACUCCGAGCGAUGGGCACGGCUUACUGCCGGUGCUUUCGUCCAGGCAGGCUUUAAGGUCUUUCUGCUUAGAGGCCUAGUACACACACCCUUGGUUCCAUUUUCUGUGGCACAUCUGAAAGCAGCGUGUGGAGUGAUGAUUACAGCCAGCCACAACCCCAAGGAUGAUAAUGGGUACAAGGUUUAUUGGGAUAAUGCGGUACAGAUCGUUGAGCCUCAUGACAAAGGGAUUGCAGCUGCCAUUGUAGAAUGCUCGGAGCCCUUGAUCUGGGACACAUCGACAGCACUUGGUUCCCCGGACGUUACAGCUGGAGCGAGGAAAGCAUAUUUUGAGACUUUGAGAGGUCUCAGCUAUUCACAUGCGACAAAUCAGUCAUGCAUGCUUGACUUUGUCAAUACGUCAAUGCACGGAGUCGGACACGAGUACGUUGUUCAAGCAUUUGAAACAUUCAAUUUUCCUCCGUUCGGAUAUGUUGAAGCACAGCGGGCUCCCGACCCCGAAUUUCCCACUGUGCCCUACCCCAAUCCGGAAGAGAAAGGCGCACUGGACUUGGCAUUGCGCCAGGCUAAUGUGAUAGGGGCAUCAUACAUACUCGCUCAAGACCCGGAUGCAGAUCGUUUUGCUGCAGGUCAGCGCAUCAAUGCGGGAGAGUGGAGGAUUUUUUCCGGGGAUCAGUUGGGAACUCUCCUAGCCUGGUGGAUCCUGUACAAAUAUCAGGAGUCUGGUAACCCAAUUGAGAAACUCGCGAUGGUGGCGUCAACAGUCAGUUCAAAAAUGCUAGAAGCUAUGGCUCGCAUCGAGGGAUUCAAAUUUGCAGAAUCUUUGACUGGCGCCACAACAGGGUUCAAGUACAUUGGCAACACAGCUCUUGCUCUCGAGAAGCAAGGAUAUGAUGUACAAUUUGGAUAUGAAGAAGCAAUUGGCUACAUGCAUGGGACGGCAAUCAGGGAUAAAGACGGAAUUUCCGCAACCAUGUGUUUCGCCGAGCUUGCUGCCCAUUUACACGCACGCGGUGCAACUGCGUACGAUCAUUUGCAAUCUCUCUAUGAUAGGUACGGGUAUUUCCAGACGAGCAACAGCUAUUUCAUAUGCAAUGAGCCCUCAACAAUUAAUCGCAUUUUUGCUCGAUUGAGACACUACAAUGAUAGCCCUGACGUCAGUGAGCCCCGAUAUCCAUCAACUCUCGGGGGACUCCGAGUCAUUCGGGUUCGAGAUUUGACUCUAGGGCACGCGUACGACAGCGAAAAUGCGCCUUUAUUCAAACCAGAUUUCCCUCUGAGUGGUGGGCACAUGAUAACCUUCAGGGCAAAAGGAGCAGGAGACAAGCAGGGCACGCCCAGUAUUGUUCUUACAAUUAGGACGAGUGGGACAGAACCUAAGAUCAAGUACUAUCUAGAGGGCAGUGCCGCAGACAGACAUCUAGUUGGGACAUUGCUCGAAGCGGCAGUAGAAGAACUCAACACGGAGUGGAUGGAAGCUGACAAAAACGGUCUUGAGAUGCCAUGAUAUGGAUGCAAUAUGACAAAUAUGAUGAAUGCAUAAUACCAUAACUUCAUUUUGCGGCGGUACUUCCUACGAGGAGGAGGCCGAAACGUGACCCAAGUUUUGCUAAGUCGAGAGUGGGCGUAAGAUCUUCCUGUGGCGGAGGCGGUCCGAGAGGAAGAAGCGCAGUUGCCAAACGAUCUAUCUUCCCAAGCAACAGGGCUUCUGGUGGCCGAGUGAUUCUUAACAGGGGUCCGAGUAAAAGCUGAACACGGGCGAUCUCCUGAUCUAUGGCUGCACGAUCAGAAGGAUUGGGUGAGCGAUCCUGAGGGGUGGAGCUAAGUAACCUGAUAGGGAUUAGGGAAAGCACCCACCGUCCCAUUUUGACAAUUACCCGCCAGCGAUAAGACUAUCAAACGUCCCAAGAAGGCAGUGUCGUAUUUGUUCUGCUGCCUAUUGAGCUUCGAGGAUGAGGAAAUAUCUUCAAGAAAUCCGCCUAGGAGC